GGCAGGUUUUGUGUUUGAGGGAGUGGGAAAGGGACGAGAGCGAGGCGGGCGAGGGAGAGAGCGGGUGCGGGCGUUGGGCUGCCGUGGCCUGGUGGCCUCUCUGGCGGCGGAGCGACAGGUCGCGUCCGCCUAGCGAGUUCCGCGGAAGGGGCCGGCAGCUGGGCACAGCCAUACGUACCGGGCUGCCGGCUCCGGGGGCUGUGACCUAAGCAACCGAAGGGACGAGAUCCUCGGCCGGCUGCCAGGGGGUCGGGAGGCCGUGAGGAGGCGAGAAGAGGGACCCUUCUUGCUUUCGCCUCCUCUCGGAGGGGCUGCUUGCGAGGCUGGGGUCCCCAGUGGGUCGGGGCAGGCUAGGAGGACGGAGCGCGUCCGCCAGUUGAAGCGGGAAAGCGACUCCUCGGAGAGGCGAAGGACACCGCCAGCCCCGAAGGACCGCUUCCGGGGCCCCUGGGCGGGAUGGCGGCGUGAGGGGUUCCUCGGGGCCCCUGGGAAGGCCGCCCGGUGGACGCGGCGGACGAAGCGAGCGUUGCUUUGGCGGCUCUCUCCAGAUGUUUCCUUAAAACCCGCGGAGUCCCAGGGCGGGAUAGGCCGGGCGGAGGUUUGCGAGCGCAAAGGCUGGCGAAGUUGAUCCCGGCGCUGCCCCUUUGGUCGACCGAGGCUGGUGGGAGGUUGCGAUGAAUGGUUUCAGCACAGAGGAAGAUAGCCGGGAUGGUCCUCCUACCACCCCUUUUUACGGACAAAGUUGUUGCCUCAUCGACGAUGGGGAUCGUUGCGUCCGCCCGGCUGGCAACGCCUCCUUCAGCAAGAGGAUCCAAAAGAGCAUCUCUCAGAAAAAGCUGAAACUGGAUAUUGACAAAAGUGUAAGACACUUGUAUAUAUGUGAUUUCCACAAGAACUUCAUUCAAAGUGUCCGAAAUAAAAGAAAAAGGAAAACCAGCGAUGAUGGGGGAGACUCUCCAGAGCAUGAAAUAGAUGUUCCAGAGGUUGACUUGUUUCAACUUCAAGUAAACACUUUGCGCCGUUACAAAAGACAUUACAAAUUACAAACCAGACCUGGUCUCAAUAAAGCUCAGUUGGCAGAAACCGUCAGUCGUCACUUCAGGAACAUCCCAGUGAAUGAAAAAGAAACUCUUGCUUACUUUAUCUACAUGGUAAAAAGCAACAAGAGUAGAUUGGAUCAGAAAACAGAAAGCAGUAAACUGGAAUGAAAGUUAGGUAGACUAUGGACUCAAAACAAGUGUAAUAUUAAAAAAAACAUCAGGUGCAUUAUAAAUACUUUUUUAAAAAAAUAAGAUUUUUUGUGUAAAUUAAAAUAUACAUAAGAAAAUGAAGCAAAACUUGGUCUCCAUAUUAUAAUACUUAAUUUCAGAAUGUGUGGGAAAACCUCUGCAGUUUCAAAGCAUGGUCUUUAACCUGAAGGAAAGAUUAAAAGAAACUCAAGAUGUCAAAAGCAAUGACUGUUUAAGAAAUUGUCUUAUGUCACUGAUUGUAACAUAAUCCAUGCAUGAGUUUGGCAUUCUUGAAUAGGAUCAUAUCAUACUCACUAGUAUUUAAAGGUAUAGAUCAGGCAAAACUUCUAAAUUCUAAUUUAAAACUUCUCUGUGCUCACCAUUUGUGCAUUGCAUAAAAUUACUUGUUUUAAGACUAAAUAUCUCAGAUUUUCAUGGGUGCUAAAGAUUUCUAAUCCUAGCUUUUUUGCAUAUAUGUAUCAGUUUUUACAUUGAAACAUAGAAAUUGGCCAUCUUAACUCAUUUAUUAAUAUUUAUUAGAAUGUCAUGACUUCACAAAUUGUAAUGUGUUAAAUAUUUAUGUUUCUCAAGCAAACUAUUGAACAGAGAGCUGUUGCCACAGAUUCAUGCUAUUUGCUGACCUUUUAAGGUUGGGGAUAUAUGCUAAAAAUAAUUUUAAGGUGCUAUGAACUCUUUUUAAGCAAUUAGAAUCUCAGUCUGGUUCUGAUGAGGCUAUAAAGCAAACACUUUACACUAAUAAUCUGUUCGAUCCUUUGCAACUUAAAUGCACACAAUAUAGAAUGGGACUGUAGUGUCAAAUUGUAUAAAUGAAGGGCUAAAAUUGGCAGUGGCUUCAAUUUAUCUUAAUUUUGGUAGUGAGUACAAAUGCCAUGAUGAGUCAUUUAUUUGUUCUAGGUAUCAUGUUUUAAAAUGCAGAGUAACUGUAAGGUUCUCACUAUCUGUGCCCACAGUCCAGAACCUGAUAAUCAGUGCACACACACAAAGCUUGCUCUUCAUUUACUUAUGUGGGGAAGGUGGCAUUAUAGUCUAAAUGGUGCUUCCUGUAAGUCCUAACGUGCUUGGAGUUUAAUAUCUUUUUGAUCUCUUAUUAUAUUUUACAAUCUCCAAAGGCAUAAAUAUACUUUAAAAUGUCCUGUAGAGAUCCAGUAAUGUUCUGGUGUAUUUGAUAUUAUUCAGCAAUUAUACAAUAUCUGCAGUUUUCAUAUUACAUUUAGUAAUAGUGUUGAAUUAAGGACCUCUUAGUUCUUUUUUGCAAUCCUAAAAAACAUUAAAAUACUUUUCUUUUUGUCCAAAUAAAGAUAAAAUGUACUCUAUAAGAUGCUAAAAGGCAAAGUUUUUUCCAAACUUUAAUGAUACUUUGAUAAUUAACAUGGAGAUGGAUCUUGUUUAAUUCAGAAUUACAUUUUGUUGUCAUUCUAAGAAAACUAUGUGAAAACCUAAAAUACAUGUUUCAGCAAAUGCAAAAGUUCAUUUAUAUAGCCAUUUUUUAUUUUUAUUGCAAAUAGAUCACUAAUUUAUGUUACUGCAAUUAACUGAAUGCCACUUUAAAAGUGGAUAUUUUCAUCUACUUCAGUUUCAUCAUAGGAUAUGUCCUUUUAAUGUACACUUUAAAUUUAAAAACACAUAUGGAUAUAUAAUUGAAAACAACUAAAAUAUUUCAGACUGCUACUUUGUAUUUUAAAGUUCAUCAAAUAGUCCCACUUCUUCCUUCACUGAAAGGCUAAAGUAGAAAUCAAAUAUGCUAAAUGAACUUUAUAGCUGAAUGCGUAACAAAAUUGUAUUUGAAUAUUUGUAACUCCAGAAUAUUCACAUUAGAAGUGCCAUGACCAUGACAUAAUCUCUCAAUAGAGAUUGGCAUCCAGUGAGCAUCUUCUAGAUCAAAAAGGUAAAUCUUUUAGUUUUAUACUGUUAGGGCUCGUCAUGCAAAUAACAAAAUUUUAGCAAUUAAAUUACUACAAUAAAUUGCAACGACCAUCUGUUUACAUGAGCAAAUCUGUUCAGUAGUUGCUUUGGAGAUCAGAUUAAGUAAAGUAUUUUCCUAAAUCACAUAACAAUGUUCGUUGUCAUACUUUAUCAAAACAAAAUAUUUUAUGAGGAAAUUGAAGACUUUCAUGUAAGUUGUGAAGAAUAACUAAUGUUAGAAUCCUUGAGACAUGUCUUUUAGAGAUAUCUUUAUUUGCCUUACUCUCAGCUAGACCAAGUAUUGUACAAAUGUCUUGGCACAAGGAAAGGGCCAUUUUUCGUGACAUUUAGUGCUAGAGGCUAAUUUUAACAACAACAUAUAAUUGUGUGUGUGUGUUUGUGUGUAUUCAGGGAGUUGCCUGUGAUUCUUGAACAUCUAGUAUUGCAUCACCAAAAACACCAUCAUGCAGUCCAAAAUAAUGGCAAAUUAUGCUGCAUGCUAUUUAAGGAAGCUUUCAAAUUCCUAGUGGUUUUAAUAAAACCUUGAUCAUCAUUUUGAGCUUUAGAGGAUUUGAAUCCUAAAAUAAUAUCUUAACAUUAACAGUGUAUAUGAAAAAAAGAGUCAGACUGACGUGUGUAUUCAUAGAAAUCGGUCGGUGGUUUUAAUUGACUCUUGUUAAAUAUCAAUUUUACAUUGGAUUUAAGCUAUUAAAUAAUAAACUUUGGCCUGGGAGUGACUUCCCACAUUAUCUAGUAGUUGUAGGCACACUGACUACAGCAGUACUGAAUAAAACUCACUCAGAACCAAAGGCCUUCAAACCCACUGAAAGCUAGCAGAAGAUCUUUAAUUGUUUACUGGGCUUUGCAUCAGAGCCAAAGAAUUUAAUAUGGCACAUCUUCUAGAAUGAGGUUAACUUCAUCAAAGAUGGUUGUCCUCUGUGCAUUAGUUGUAGUUGUAAUGAUAGUAGUAAUAGCACAAGAAAUUUUGUUCAUCCCUGGAAUGAAGGAAAGAGCAAAGGGGAGGGGAAGUGCAAUGACAAUUAGUACUGGAGCAACAUUUUUAUGAAUUCCUGGUGCAAGGUGCGGCUGGAGCGUUUUGGAGGAAGUCUCGGUCUGGUGGUUUAGCUUCCAAGUGUGGUUCUGUAAUGUAAAUGUUACAUAUCAGAUUCCUACAUUAAAUUUAAUCUUUUCUCUUGCAACUAAUACCUUACAUUAUGGUUGAAAAGAAGAGGCCUCAUCAAUGUUCUUACAGAAUGCUGUAAAUUUGCCACAUGACAGAUUUGCCAAUAAUAAAUUUCCUGUGAGGGUCAGGAAAACAUCUUAAAGCCAAAGUAGUCCAGGGCAGGAGUAUUUUUCGUACUUUGAUAAAAUAAAAAAUAAAAAGAGCAAGUUCUAUUCAAGAAACAAAGCAGCUGGUGACUUACUUGGGAGACAAUUUAUGAAGCAGUAUUCAAAUUUUAUAAUAUGUAAAUUAGCCAAAUACAAUAUUGAGGGUAGGGAGGGAGAGACUUUGCACUUUAUCUUGUGUUGAUAAGUUCUAAUGUAAAUAAAAUGGAAACUCUUGAUAUUGUUAAAGAAAGCAUUUUGAUAAAAAUGUUGUUCUAAGGGGAAAGUGUUGUGCAUAGCACACUACUGUCACUUCACCGUGUGCAUUAAGAUGAGGGAUAGAUAGCUGCUCACAAAAGAAGCCUUUCAGUACUACCGGAUUAUUUAAAGGGCCCUGCUAUGAAAACGUAAUAUAUCGAUGUUCCUUCAUUUGUGCUACCUACCAUGCUCUACAUGCAUGAAUUUUUUUCUCUUUUAAAUAUGUAACAAUGCAGGGUAAUUCUUUUACAUAAUUUAUCCAAUUUCAUUUAUUCCUCACUAAAUGAAGUGUUAAAUUUUUAAAACUUUGAUAAGGGAAAGGGGCUCAUGCCUUAAACUCACAAUUUUCCAUUAAGUAGGAUUUAUGAAAUGUUUAGCAAUAGUUUUUUUUUCUGCGUUUGAUUUUUUUUGUACAUUUUUCAAGCAGAGGCUUAUGUAGAAAUCACCAUUUAUUACAUUGCCUUCAUUCUCUCUGCUUUGUCCUGCUGAAUAUUAAAAAAAUUGAACACAUAUUGACAAAUGUAUUUUAUUCCCCUUUGACUUAUAACAGCACAACCUUACCAUGAAAAAAUGAACUUUCUUUAUUCCUCAUUCAUUCUUGUGGAUCUUCAUGGCUAGCCUUGAUCCUUACGGCAAAUGUUUUGAGUCAAUCUUUAUCUUAAUUGUAAACUAUAAUAGUGUAUCCUGAAGCAAUCUGGUAAACCUAUAGUGCAACUGUAGAGUUUUUUCCUCCGAGAUGUAUAGCUUGCAUCCUUCUUUCCACUAUUAUAAUAGUUAAAUCUUUUACUGUUGAGAAAAAUGAUAAAUGCCUGAAUUUCUAAUAAAUGAUCAGUUCAACAAUCA